AUGGCGCGCAGGGUUCUCUUAAUGACCCCCGCGUGGCUGGAGCAGAUGAUCGCACACACUACGUGGCGAGACCUUUUCUACAAGCUGGCCGAAGCCCACCCGGAUUGUCUGAUGCUCAACUUCACUGUGAAGCUCAUCUCUGAUGCAGGCUACCAAGGGGAGAUCACCAGCGUCUCCACAGCCUGCCAGCAGCUGGAGGUGUUUUCUCGGGUGCUCCGCACCUCACUGGCCACCAUCCUUGACGGAGGGGAGGAGAACCUGGAGAAGAACCUCCCCGAAUUCGCCAAAAUGGUGUGCCACGGGGAGCACACCUACCUGUUCGCCCAGGCCAUGAUGUCUGUGCUCGCCCAGGAGGAGCAGGGCGGCUCCGCCGUGCGCAGGAUUGCCCAGGAGGUCCAGCGCUUCGCCCAGGAGAAGGGCCACGAUGCGAGUCAGAUCACACUGGCCUUGGGCACGGCUGCAUCCUACCCACGGGCAUGCCAGGCCCUGGGCGCCAUGCUGUCUAAAGGCGCGCUGAACCCUGCCGACAUCACGGUCCUGUUCAAGAUGUUCACCAGCAUGGACCCGCCUCCUGUGGAGCUGAUCCGGGUGCCAGCCUUCCUGGACCUGUUCAUGCAGUCCCUCUUCAGGCCUGGAGCCAGGAUCAACCAGGACCACAAGCACAAGUACAUCCACAUCCUGGCCUACGCAGCCAGCGUGGUGGAGGCCUGGAAGAAGAACAAGCGUGUCAGCAUCAACAAAGAUGAGCUCAAGUCCACGGCCAAGGCUGUGGAGACCGUCCACGGCCUGUGCUGCAACGAGAACAAGGGGGCGGCCGAGCUGGUGGCUGAGCUGAGCACGCUCUAUCAGUGUAUCAGGUUCCCAGUGGUGGCAAUGGGUGUCCUCAAGUGGGUGGAUUGGACCGUAUCAGAACCAAGGUACUUCCAGCUGCAGACUGACCACACCCCCGUCCACCUGGCAUUACUGGAUGAGAUCAGCACGUGCCACCAGCUGCUGCACCCCCAGGUCCUGCAACUGCUGGUCAAGCUCUUUGAGACGGAGCACUCCCAGCUGGACGUGCUGGAGCAGCUGGAGUUGAAGAAGACCCUGCUGGACAGGAUGGUCCACCUGCUGAGCCGAGGCUAUGUCCUGCCAGUGGUCAGUUACAUCCGGAAGUGUCUGGAGAAGCUGGACACGGACAUCUCCCUCAUCCGCUACUUUGUCACUGAGGUGCUGGACGUCAUCGCGCCCCCGUACACGUCGGACUUCGUGCAGCUUUUCCUGCCCAUCCUGGAGAACGACAGCAUCGCAGGCACCAUCAAGACGGAGGGCGAGCACGACCCCGUCGCCGAGUUCAUCGCCCACUGCAAAUCCAACUUCAUCAUGGUCACCUGAGCCCCAGCGCCGUGGAAAAGCCUCCCUGGGCACACCCCAGAAAUGGACUCGAGGGAGGAGGUGCUUGGUGGCCGUCAGGACCCCUGGCUGGGCC